AUGUAUCGACAUUUGCUUAAUGUAGUUUACAGUGUUAAAACGCUAACAAUAUUUUGUGAAAUUCAUGAAUUAGCUAUAGAAAUUUUUAAUAAAAUGCGAUGGCUGCUGUUCAUUUUUCAAGAUGAUGUCGAUAGUAAGAGAUUGGAAAUGUUGUGUCACCGAAUUCUAUCCAAUAUGACAGUAAGCGAUUCUCCAAAAUUAUGGUACGUCACCUUAGCAAUAUCUAAUCAGUACCUACCGUUGUGGCUUUAUCAAGCUAAGAAGUUACUUCAAGUAUGUAGUGAGCAACUAGCUAAUAUGAAGAUAAAUAAAAAGAAUGAAUUAGAGGCUAUGCAGUUAUACCUCACUGUGCUUGUCACAUUCAGUAGUACUAAGAGCUGGAAGUUGAUGAGCUCAAAGGCAAAUAAGAAUUUUCGUCCAAUUCUCGAUCAGAUAUGUAAGCAAGUCCUGCUUCACCUCGUUAACAAUAAUUUCUUUGCAAACAUGAAGAACUUCUUGUGGAAUUGUACAAGGAGUGGAGAAUUAAAGCUAUCGAAAGUCACUCUCUCGGGUGUUAUAGUUCUAAUACAAAGAACUUUCAGUGCAAGCUCAAAUAACUUAAAAUUACUUAAGCAGUUUAUGGAAUCAAUUAUGGCUUUUCCUGCAUUAUUAUAUCAUGUUAAGAAGUUAUCCCCCGAGGCAAGCUUAUCCUUAGCUGAAUUCCGUCAAAGUCACGUUUUGGAAGUUGUGCUGGAAACCUAUGCAGACGGAAGUAAUCUAUCUAAUUUAACCACAAAACUUGGCGGAUACUAUACCUUUUCUUUAUUAGGCAACCUGAUACAACUGUCUCAUUAUGCUGAUAAAGUCAGUAAUUUAGAAAAUAACGUUCGCAGAAAUAAAAGCAUCAUUAUGUACCUGCUGAAUUAUUGUCAUGACCAAAACUCGGUUAAAAAUUCAAAUGCUACUGUUCAUCAUCCCCUUUUUGGUUGGUGUUCGGAGGCUUUAGCAACAGAUUUGCAGGAUUCAGUCCCAUUAAUUGGCAAGCAAUUUCAGUACCUCUGGAUGCCUAGUGCUGUUCAAUUAUUUUUUACAGACAUUUUCGAAAAAAGUGAUGAAACACCUAAUGAAGCAGCUGCAUCGGUAAAGACCGGAGACAGCGUUAAGAAAAAGAAAGGACUUUUUGGAAGAGUUUUCAGUAAAAGCCAAAUUAAGGGGUUCAUACUUUCAUCCACAAAAGUGAAGACUAAUAGUGACUUGAUAAAGCGAAUUUGUAGUACCUGUGCAAUGUAUAAUACUGCUAUAAGUACACUGCCAGAAAUGCGCACGGACGUUCUAACUGGUAUUAGCUACUAUUAUGGAUUGUUAGAGCCACUAUGGAAGUUUAUUCAUACGCUAUACAUGGAAGAAGGACCCAAAAUUUUUCAUGAGAAUAGCCCAAACUUAAGCGAUACGAUAUCGCUAACGACUCUGUUCUGUAAUUGCUGUUGUCAUUUGAUAACUAUUGUUGAUGAUAUUGAACUGUAUCAAGAAAAUAAACCAUUUACCCUUGAUGAAUUAAUAAAAAUGGUGACAUUACUAAAUCAUAUGGUUUUUUAUGCUAUAUGGAAGCUUGAUGGAGCUAAGUAUCCGUAUGAAUACAGGCAAAUGAUUAAUGCUGGUCAUAUGCUGUUAAUGGUAUUAUAUGAUAGGGACUGUCGCCGAUCUUUCACUCCUGAGAAUCACUGGAUCAUCAAGGAAUUAAAUUUUAAUGAAUUUAUUUCCGCUCUCAACGAAGGCACUAAUCGUUCUCAUGUAUUGUUACGCAAAAUUGCUCACGUAAUUCCACGCGAAAAGCGAGUUGAUUUAUUUCGAAAACUUGUUGCGGACGACAAGAAAUCACUUGGGAUUUUCGCUGAUACUUUAGCUAUUAGACCAAAUUACACAUAUAUUAAUAUCAAUCGUAGUAGACUUCUCGAGGAUGGAUACGAACAAUUGACACAGCUACCUCCAGAAGCAAUUAAACGUACAAUUAAAGUACAGUUUGUUAAUGAACAGGGUUUAACUGAAGCUGGAAUUGACGAAUCGGGGGUUUUUAAAGAAUUUUUAGAAGAAACUAUUAAAAAAGCGUUUGAUCCAGCAUUAAAUUUGUUUAAGGUUACUUGUGGAGACGAACCACGACUAUAUCCAUCUCCUACCUCUUAUAUUCAUGGUAAUCACCUACCGUUAUUUGAAUUUGUUGGACGUAUGUUAGGGAAAGCGGUGUAUGAGGGCCUAGUAGUAGAAGUUCCUUUGGCUUUGUUCUUCUUAAAUAAUGUAUUAGGAGGGCAGCAUAGCAUUUUGUAUAGCUGUAUCGAUGAGCUGCCCUCUCUCGAUCCUGAAUUAUACAAGAAUUUAAACUAUGUUAAAAAUUAUGAAGACGAUGUUGAAGAUUUAGCCUUGACAUUUUCAUUUGACGAAGACGUGUUAGGAAAGAUUAUUACGCACGAUCUAAAAUACGGUGGAAGUACCAUUCCUGUUACGAAUGAGAAUAAAUUAAGUUAUAUUCAUUUAAUGGCUCAUUUUCGACUACGCAAGCAAUUAAAGAAGCAAACGGCAGCUUUUAUUAGGGGUUUUCAUUCAGUUAUUAAACCAGAAUGGCUUCAGGUUUUUUCCGGUCCGGAACUGCAGCUGUUAAUUGCUGGAGAAAAUACAACCAUUAGCAUUUUAGAUCUUAAAAAAUACACAAAAUACCUUGGAGGAUAUCACAGUAAACAUCGCGUUAUUCAGUGGCUAUGGGAUAUAUUAAAAAAUGAUUUUGGAGAAGAGGAUCGAUGUAAAUUUCUCAAAUUUGUUACUAGUUGUUCCAAGCCACCCUUGCAAGGUUUUUCGAAUCUACAACCACCUUUUACUAUACGAUACGUAGAGGCUGAAAAUGAGGAAGACCGAGAGUCUAUUAGCCGAGUCUUAUUUAGAGCGUUAAGCAUUCCUAACAGAAAAAGUCAAUCGACAUCAAGAUUACCGACGUCUUCAACAUGUUUUAAUCUAUUAAAAUUACCUAAUUAUCACUCUAAGCACGUAUUAAGAGAGAAAUUACGUUAUGCUAUUCAAUCAAAUUCUGGCUUCGAGCUAUCAUAA